AUGGCGCCCACUUGGCUGCUCACCAUCUCCGUCCUCUCCGUCAACAUCUUCUCCGCGCCACCGUACUCGCUGAACCCAGCACAAGUCGGUCUUACCAACCUACCUCUCCUCGUUGUCGCACUUAUCGGCUCGCCCCUGUCCGGCUGGACAGCCGAUGCUCUCGCGAAGUUCAUGGCCCGUCGCAACAAGGGUGUCUUCGAGCCUGAAUUCCGCCUGACUCUGAUGGUACCAGCCGUCAUCUUUGCUACGAUUGGCUUCCUCGGCUUCGGCAUGAGUACUUCAGCUGGCUACCCUAUUGUUUGGCCCUUGGUAUUCAUGUCUAUUCACUCGCUCUCCGUACCUUUCGCAUCAACAGCCAGUCUGACCUACGUCAUUGACUGUCACCCCAAAGAUGCAAACCAGGCUUUCGUCACCAUCAACUUCACAAAGGCGGUGUUCACCUUCAUCGCGACAACCUACGCGAACGGCAUCAUGGCCAACAUCGGACCACGCGCGGUGUUCGACGGCAUCACGGUCAUCAACCUGGGAAUCUGUGCGCUUACCAUUCCGGCGUAUGUGUUUGGCAAGAGGUUCAGAAGUUUGGUGGCGCGGAGCUCAUUUGGAAAGAAGAUCUCUGGCUGA